AUGAAUUUAUUCAGACAACAGAGCUAUAAAGGUCUGAGGGUUGUUUCCAGACGGGCUGGUCGGUUCAGACGGUUCAAUUCGACCCAGAACGGUCCUCAGGAGUCUCCCAAGGCCACAGGGUCCCGAUCCGGUGCGGGGUCAGGGUUCCUCAAGACUGGGGGGAUCUUUGUGUUGGGCUCGAUUUUGGGUGCUGGGUACGUUUCUGUGAAAGUUGGGUCGAACGUCCCGGAAUUCUUGUUCCCGCAAUCGUCCACGUCCAAGCUGAACGACUUGUUGUCGCCAGAGUAUGGCGAUGCAGACAAGGCGAUCGACGAGCUGACUGUCUUGUUGGGUCCUUCCAAGAUCACCAACACAAAGAUCUCUCUUGACGACCAUAGUGACACGUUUUGGUCGACUCACCAUGCUGAGCCAGACCAGAGACCUGUGGCUGUUGUUUAUCCCGAGAGCACCGAGGAGGUCUCUGAGAUCAUGAAGAUUUGUCACAAGAACAAGGUGCCGGUUGUUCCAUUUAGUGGAGGAACCUCGUUGGAGGGACAAUUUAUUCCAACCAGAAGAGGAAUCUGUUUGGAUCUCAGCAAGAUGAACAAGAUCAUCGAGCUCCACAAGGAGGAUCUGGACGUGGUGGUCCAAGCGGCCGUUGGCUGGGAAGAUCUUAGAGACCACUUAGCCGACUACAAUUUGAUGUUUGGACCUGAUCCAGGUGUAAGUACCAAUGCUGCUAGAUACGGAACUAUGAAGGAGAACGUUGCUGGAUUGACGGUCGUCUUGGCCGACGGAACCAUCGUCAAGACCAAGAAACGGCCUAGAAAGUCUGCUGCCGGCUACAAUCUGACCGGACUGUUUAUCGGCAGCGAGGGAACUUUGGGCAUUGUUACAGAAGCCACACUAAAAUUGCACGUGAAACCACGCUUUGAAAAUGUGCUUGUUGUUUCGUUCCCAACUUUGACCGACGCGGCCAACACUGUGGCGCAGCUUGUUCAGCGUGCGAUUCCCGCCAACGCUAUCGAGCUGCUGGACGACCGCAUGAUGCAGUUUGUCAAUUUCUCGGGUGAAACCUCGCUCAAGUACGACGAGCUACCAACGCUCAUGCUCAAGGUGGGCGGAGACUCCAAGGACUCUGCGCAAACCGUCAGCAAGACCAUCAAGGAGAUCGCCAAGGCGCACAACUACAAGUCGCUCAGAGUGGCCGAGUCCGAGGAGGAAAAGUUCGAGCUUUGGAACGCUAGAAAAGUGGCUCUAUGGUCGUGCAUUAAUUAUGGUAAAAAGACGAUCGACGACAACAUCCAGGUCUGGACCACCGAUGUUGCUGUUCCGAUCUCGAGACUGUGCAAGUCGUUGCAGGACACCAAGGACGACAUUGACAAGGCCGGCCUGACCACGGCCAUUUUGGGUCACGUUGGAGACGGCAAUUACCACGCCGUGAUCCUGUUCAAAAAGGACCAGUACGACCUGUGCAAAAAAGUGGUGCAACGCAUGGUGGACCGUGCUUUGGAAGCAGAAGGUACCGUCACUGGAGAGCACGGUGUCGGGUAUGGAAAGAGAGACUAUCUUGUUGAGGAGCUUGGCGAGGACGCCAUCGACCUUAUGCGCAAGAUCAAGCUCGCUCUGGACCCUAACCGGAUCCUGAACCCUGAUAAGGUGUUCAAGAUCGAUCCCCAGGAUCCGGAUGUACUCGGCCACCAGUUCCAGUGUCUUCUGGGAGAUCUUGACCUUUCUGUCUUCGAACGCGACCGUGUUGAACAGACGCGCAAUGGUUUCGACGCUGAUGUUUUCGUGGUUAUCCAUGCCAAAAUAUUUUGGGUUAUGAAUAAAAACACAGCCUGA